CUGGAAGUGGCUCAGAGUGACAGAAGUCAGGCAGCAGUCUGGACACAAAGCUGGCGGAGGCUACCGGGACAGUCCGGGCUUGUACCAUGUUGCCAUCUAUGGUCAGGAGGUGGCUCAACAGACCGAAGAAAUCUGAUCCACGUCUACUGGCGAGGUUCUUCUACAUAGACGAGGAAGUGAGUUCCACUGUACAUGAGCUGCAAUGCCUGGACCUGCGAAAAGAUGCUCAAAAUUAUCUGUUGCUGCUUUCUCAGUUGCAUAACACACAGGAGCAUAUGCUAAUUCUUCUAGAGCAAAUGUUAGAACAAACUGUACCCACACAGAGGCGGCAGAGAGAUUAUCACAUGAAGUUCCCUGAUGACCUUGUGACUGAUAAUAUGACCACUCACCUGCUGUUUGCAGCUGAGCUCAUGGUUGGAGGCACCUAUAUUGAAGUAGAAGAAACCGAGGGAGCAAUGCUUCGUCCCCUAGCACAGGAGCUACUGCGCAGUUUACAAGACCUACGUCGUGUAUUGAGGGAACAAAGUCUGGAGGAUCCUGGAAUAUUCCCGGAGUCGGCACAAAGAGCACUGCUUCAAUACGACAACUUAUGUGCAGAGUUUGAGUUUAGGUACAUGUCAUUGUUGGUGUCUGUGAGGACCCCAGAAGAAAUCUAUGAGCAGCAGGAGGUUGCUGUGCUUUUCUGUGAGACCGUUUCAAGGGCCCUACAGAAAGGAUACCUGACCCAAGAAAUGAUCGAUGACUGUGAACCAGAACUGAUGAUUUCCAUUCCGCGUCUGGCGAUUAUAAGUGGCUUGCUGAUUUACCCCGAUGGCCCAUUGAACCUACAGAAACGCCCAGAAGAGAUGUGUGAACUCUUCAGCCCUUUUUAUGCCCUACUGAAGAAAAUAAAAGAAAUACUUCUAACACUGACAGAGGAUGAACUGUUUUCCCUGGAGCGUGCUUUAUGUUCAGCUUCCUCUAAAGAUUCCUCUGUGCACCUGUCAUGUAUUUCUGACCAUCCUAUUGCAUGGAGCCAUCCAACUGAAGGCGGAAAACAGCCAGAAUAUGAACCCUCCUCGGUGGAGCUGUCUCCACAGUGUGAAUCUGUUACAGAAUCCCCCCAGUGCAGUUCUACCGCAGACAUUCCAAAUCAACGCUCUGUGUCGGCUACAUCAGUCAACUGCUGCUCACAGCCCGGUGUGUCCUCGUCAAGUGAAAAUACAACUUGGGUUGAUCAUAAGGUUGUGAUGGAACAUUGUGUUAUUGGCAAGACAACCGAGCAACUUCAUAAGCCGUAUGUCAGGAAAGUGGGAUUCCAGACGGUGCGCACGCGUUAUCGCAGUAACAGAGACAUGCUGCAUCGUCUAUUUGUGUGCAUCUCGGGUGUUGCUGACCAGCUACAGACCAACUUUGCGAGUGACCUGCGUGUUAUCCUGAAGACUGUGUUUGAAGCAGUCAGCUCCAAUCAGGGCCAUCAAGAAAGAACUGCAGAGGAUGGGUUGCGUCUACCUGGCUGUGCCCUAUGUCAGAAUCGGGAACAAAGCACCAGAGGAGUUAAUCCGGCAUCUCCAGAAUGGGUCCCAGAUAGCGCCUGUAACCAGUGUUCCUGUUGUUGUGCCCCCUUCACGCUGUUGCGCCGGAGGCAUCACUGUCGUAGCUGUGGCAAGAUAUUUUGUUCGCGUUGCUCGGCAUAUACAACGUCUCUGCCUCGCCUGCCCAAGACCCCUGUUCGGGUAUGCUCUCACUGCUUCCAUGUGCACUGCAACCUGCAGGCCAGGCGUGCGGAGGGGAGAUCACAAGGACAGGAGUGAUAUGACCAUGGUGCAGGCAGUGGUUUUUACAGACAUUUCAGAUAAUCCAAAGACUCCUUUGGCUGCUCUACACGUUUCAC